AACUGGCAAUAUACUAUUUGCAUUUCCACGUGGUAACGUCUAGCCUUUAAUGAACAUUCUUACCGGUGUUCAGCAGCCAAACGCAAAACUUUCCUUCUGCUGUUGAAUUCUUCCAAUACAAUUUUUCAAAUCAAUGGCAAAUGCAUUGCAACAGUACCGUCACAGUUUUACUGCCGGCGCAUUUGCUGCUGGUGGUAGUUUCUUUGGGCAUGCACCAAGCCAACUGACAAAGGUGCCUUUAUUAGCAAAUCUGCUUGCGCCAACAGCGGAGCCAACCUACUAUUGCGAAUUCAUUUUACUACGUGCGCUGCCCAUCGUAUUGAUGGUGAUUUGCAACGUGUUGAAUUGGCGCUAUUUCCUUAAAGCGUUGCAGUGUGCCGAACAAACGCUGACCGCAACAGUGCUUACUGCUGCCACCAAUUAUAUUUUAUCGUUCAUAUUAGGCGCACUGGUGUACCGAGAAGAAAUUACGGUUUUGUCAACUGUGGGUGCCGCAUUCAUAAUAGCCGGUCUUUGGUUUCUGUGUAAAGCGCAAGAGGAGCAAAAAGCUAAAGAAAAACUAAUUUGAAAGCUAAAAUACCUGUAGUUCUGUCUAGAUUUAAUGCCUAAAAGUAUUUAUAUUUUACUGAAAAAAAAAAAACAAAUUUGUAAUACAAAGAAAAGUAUGUAAAACUAAAGUAAUGCCAAAAUGUACCUAUGCACUGCACAUACAUAUAUAUAA